AUGCUGUCAGGCUCCCCAUGCGAGGCCGCGGAGCUCUUCGACCCGUUCGACGUGCCCGAGUCUGGUGACGCGGAGCCCGUAGGCAAGCAGGCAAAGGCUGUGCACGGCGCAGCGGUGCCCAACGCGGCACGCUUCAGCAAGCAGGCGGCGGCGCAGCACGGACCCAGCGACGAUUUCACGGAGCUCUUCGCCAGCUUCGAAGAGAUGCUCGUGGGCGGCGCAUCCAUGGGCUUCGCCAGCCAGGCUGACGUGCAGAUGACUCGGGAUCUGGAGCGCGCCCGCCUCGAGAGGGCGCUGGAGGCCCAGGUCCUGAUCUUCGAAUCGCUCGAGUCGGAGCGCGCCCCGCCGCGGCUGCUGGACGCGCAGCGCGAAGCUGUGAGUGCGGCGCUCGUGGCCCUGGAGCACGCCAGGAUACAGGGCGACUCGUGA